UUGAGGAUACGAAACAGUUUUUGUAGUUUUACGAUUUUGAAAUUAAAUUAACAAAUUAAUUUUUUUUUUGCUUAUGAUAUUAAUUUUUAUACUAAUCGUAAUUGACUCUUCCAAUAGCUUUCAAAAAAUUAAAUUCGAUUUUAAUUUCUGUCUCCCCCAGAAUACGUGUAUUUAUUGAACAGUUACAAGAGUAUGAAAAUUCUAUUUAAAAUUCAUAUUUAUAAAAUAAAAUCAUAAUGGAAUCUGCAGAUAAACACAGAACAUUAAAGUCUACCUAUUUGGCACCUUUACUGGGAGGUGCUAUAGCUGGUUUGUCUGUGGACGUAGCACUCUAUCCAUUAGACACGUUGAAGACUCGUCUGCAAAGUGAACAGGGCUUCCAGAAGGCAGGAGGCUUUAGAGGCGUAUAUCGUGGGCUCCUGACUGUGGCCACCAGUUCGGUGCCCACGACCUCACUUUUCUUCGUAUCUUACGAGACAACCAAGAAGUUGGUGCAGCCGUAUGCUCCGACGCAGUAUACACCACUCGUGAACAUGUUGGCAGCCAGCGUUGGGGAAGUGUUGGCGUGUGUGAUAAGAGUGCCCACAGAAAUAGCAAAGCAACGCAAGCAGACGUACGUAGGCAACAAGGCACGCAGCAGUAUAUCUAUAUUGUUAGAGGCUUAUAAAGCGGAGGGUUUCCGCAAGGGUCUGUACCGGGGGUUCAUGUCGACAGUGGCGAGGGAUCUUCCAUUCAGCUUCAUAGAGCUACCUGUUUGGGAGAUGCUGAAGUCGUCAAUCAGGCAGCAUAAUGAUGGACAAAUCAGUACUUUACAGAGUGCUCUGUGCGGUUCUGUGGCGGGUGGUUUCGCCGCGGCCGUGACCACGCCGCUAGAUCUGGCCAAGACCCGUAUCAUGCUGGCCGAGGAGUACGCAGUCACCCGCAAGUUGCGCAUCAGGCCGGUACUGGCCAGUAUAUAUUUAGAGUCCGGCCUGCGGGGCCUGUUCGCGGGUGUAACGCCCCGUAUGACCGCAUUUAUGAUCGGCGGAUUUGUUUUCUUUGGCGUGUAUGACGAUGUGAAGACGCUGAUUGAGAGACGCUUGGAUGGCAGCUAGCGAAUGUAGUAUAUAUGUUAUAUGCAACUUAGAAUGGCAAACAAGCUCACGGUCUACCAGACGUAGCACUAAUUGUGACCAGCUUAGCUAUGGCUUCCCUCGAGACUGCUGACCUUUGUAUAUACCUUCGUGGUGAAUUCCAUAAGAACGAACCACGGUGGUUUCUGGGGGAACCUGAUAAUUAUCACUAACAGUUCUUCUUCCUGUAUAUAGUGGCUGUGAUAGAAUAUAUAUCGCCACCGCCAAGUCGCACCUGUACUGCUCAGUUUGCUCCCACUUAUCAAGCUAUUUCUCUGAUUGCUCAGCAGCCAGAUAUUGAUAUAUUUCAUGACAAAAUAGAUAUAUUUUUUAAAUGUUAUUAAAAAAUUUUGGGAUACUGUUAGUGUGGUGAGUAAUUUAUAAAUAAAUAAAUAAAUACAUAAAUAAAUAAAUAUAAUGCCCCCAGGCGUUCGUCGCGUGGUUCCUUAUAACACAGGGUACCUUAGCAUGAGGAGCAGGCGAUCGGUGUGGUUAUAGAGCAAUUAUAAGUAUGCAUUUAUUUAUACUUAUUUAUUUACCAGAGGGAGACUUAGUACAAAAGUCGUUUGCUUGGACACCUCUGUCCCAUUAGUGUUUCUACCGUGAAGCAGUUGUGUCUGCAUGGCUGUGUUUCGGUUUAAAGGGUGGGAUAUGGCAGUGAAUUUACAGGGUAUAAAGGAAUAACACCUGAGUCCUGGGGGGAAAGGGAUUGUUAGUAAUAGAUGAUGGGCUAGCUGGCCUGUUUUCAUUCUCAUCUAUCACCCUUCACUGGUGCUCCGCCAGCGUAUCCCGUUAGCGCAGGCGGGGUUACCAUACCAUUUUCACCCAGCAAAACACCUAAGUCCUCAGGAAUAGCAACGCAUGGGGGGUAUCAUGGGCGAAUCAGUAUACUCUGUUAUAUCCAUGGUAUUGCUCAUGUCUAUAGGCGACGGUUGACGGUCGAGCCUCAAAAACGAGUCAACUUUUUGUCAGCUAACUGUCAAAUUAGCUGAUUUGUUUUUUUUUUAUCAGUGUUCUAUAUACUUACGCAUAAAAUGUAUUUUGACGUAUUAUUUAAUAAAUAAAAUGAGUGUUUACGCAUUAAAAAGAUGCAAUAUUUGUAAGACAAAAUAAAUAUAGAAGUUAUAAAGGAAUCACUCGUAACUAUUUAUCACGCAAAAUUGUAUGAAAAAGUUGACCCGUUUUUUCUCGAAGCAUUUAUAUGGAGACACUCAAACUAUAUAAUUUAAGGAUGUGGCCUAGAUUUAUUUAAUAUAUUAUAAAAAAAAUUGUGACUGUUUUUGUUUAUUGUUUUUAAUUGCAUUUGAAAUUUUAAUGAUUAAAAAUUUAUUAAUAAAUAAUUUAAAAAAUA